AUGUCUGCUGAACAAUCGUUAAAAAAUAGUUAUACAUAUGUGGGUAUAUUACUUGUCUUAGAAGGUUUAUCAUUUCUUAUAUUUCCACAUUUAACAACGAAAUUAUUAUUUUUAUCACCUCUUGAAACAGCACAAGCAGAACGAUAUGCAAGACUUGCAGGUUUAGCUAUAGUUGUCAUUGGAUAUUAUUAUUGUGUUGCUGGAAAAUAUACAUUAAUUGGUUUUUUCAGAGCUAGUGUAGUUGGACGCAUGUGUAUUCUUCCUAUAAUAACUGCAAUGAUUUAUUUCUAUUCGCUUGAAGUAUCAUUUCUAGUUUUUGGUAUUCAGGAUUUAUUAACAGCUAUUUGGUCAUAUUUUUGUUUGAAAACAUAUGAUGAAGAACAAGCAAAACAAAAAAAAUGA